GGAGGAGGGACGCGGUCAAAGAGAGAUGGAUGGGCGGCUCUCGGGUGACAUAAGCAUCCGUUCUGAACCCUGCACUCGGACCCUGUGCUUCUCGCUGCCUCCGUCCACAUUGCUAUUCUUCUUCCCACUAUCUUUCUGCCUCCAAGCUACUGGACACCACCAUCAUGAUCUUGGCUCGGCGACGGUGGCAGUCGCGGUUGGCCACGUUCCUUGUGCAGAUGCUGGACAACCCCACCACGAUGCGCACCAUCCUAUCUGUCAUGUGGGCUGUUCCUGUACCGCCACCUCCCAGGACAAGUCAUUCUCAAUCGGUCUGUUCCCCGCGUGCGGCGGCUCCUCAUGUCCGUUCAGCAUUCGGUCUGCUUCCGAACGCUCGGAAUGCAUCCGUCUUGGUGCCUUGGGAUUUGGGAUGCCUCAGGCCCAGGGACCGAAAGGGACCGUUGCCCAACCCAAUCGAAUUUGCGCAGACGACUUGUACUUACAUACACGCGUGAGGCGUCCUCUUGGCCGAACAUGCCUGUGGUUCACGUUGUCUGUGGCGCGCAGAGCGGCGCUCGGGAGGCAACAGAUAACUGGCUAUGAGGCGGUACGUAUACCUUUGCGGCUUCAGAGCCGCGGAGUUGCGGCUGUCAGAUGGGCCGACUCUUUCGGAGAAGUGUCGCCCACUGUUGUAUGCCAACGGCCACCGCCUCCAUCGCAGCUUGUGCGUGCAUACCAGCGCACUUACAUAUCGGUCCGAAUGGCUGGCUGAUCUCACCGGCGCGGCCAGUGGCAACACCUGUCUUUUGCCGUGAUUCGUGUUCUUGUUGACGGGUCCCCCACUCGCGACACAUCGCGUGUGAAGCUGUGUGAAGUUACAGUACUAACCGCGCGUGCGAGCUUCGUACCUGUAGUAGAUGGCUCAUUUACAGGCACUGUGAUACCAGUGGUCAACCGGUCACUGGUAGGGACAAUCGCUGCCAUUUGGAGCUUGUAGUACAACGAUAUCAUAUAUUGAUCCUUCUGUGUGUACAUUCCUAUUUACCUCCUUGUGGUAUAACAUGCCGGCGUGUUGAUGUAAUAUCGUGCCACAAGUUCUGCCUACUGGAAGGGCUUGUAAAUACCCAAUGGAGUCACG